CUAGAGAGAGAGUAGAGAGAGAAAGCUAAAGAUCCAGGGUGCAAAUUGAGUAAACGAAAUGUCUUUUUCUCUUAUACCCCAGGUAGAUUUCCUCGUCUCUUCUCUUCUCUUCUCUUGACUCUUUGAUUAAAAUCCUUAUUUUUUUAAUCCUCUCUCCUCAUCGUAACAAUUCUCUGUCCCUUACCAACCUCAUUAGCCGCCGGCAUACGGCCUUUUUUUUUCUGGUGAGUGGUCUUUUUAUUCUUCUUCUUCAUCUCCGGGGUGUCAUCAUCUUCGCUUCGCGCUCCGAUCGAGGUGUCUGAUUCGCAGGAGACGGCACCUUCGUUCGUUGACAACACUGCCAGAGAACAGAAUCGAUUUCGGCGGAAGAUCCGGAGGUUCCGGUGAUAGAGGCAUAGAGCUCAAAUCUGGUCACACCAGUCCAUUCGAUCUGACGGCUGAACAGGGGAAGCAUGAUGAAGUGAUUGAAAAGGGGGAAUUUUCAGUGAGGCUGGCGCCCGCUCGUCUAUGAGAUAGACAGAUGGAUAGAUCGAUCCAUAGAUACUGAAUUAUGAUGUCCCUCUGCUCGGACCCUUCGUUAUUGUUCUCAUCAUCGCUAGGAGCCAAUACCUACCCUGCCCUCAAUCGGCUCUGCAUCCGAGUGUCUUGCCAGAUGCUUUCUGCCAGUGCCCUGCAGACUUACCAAUAUGAUUCUUCAAGCCGAUGAGUCGAAGAGGCUACUUGAUUUCAAUCUCCCGUGCUUGACGGACAAACCUUCCUCUGAUUUAGUUGGAGACACAAGAAACGUUGUCUUGGAGAUGGGAUCUGAUGUAGGAGAUUAUGAUGGUCGCGGUCAACAUCGCCGCGUUGCUGCUGCGUCUUGUGAUUCUCUUCUUCCUGGUCUUCAUGAUGACAUUGCUCUGACCUGCCUUGCCUGGGCACGCCGAUCAGAUUAUACUUCGCUUGCUUGCCUCAACAGGAGAUUCUAUUCGUUGAUAGAAAGUGGGUGCCUAUAUGGACUGCGGAAGCAAAUGGGCAUCGCCGAGCACUGGGUUUAUUUGGUCUGUGACCCUCGGGGGUGGGAAGCUUUCGACCCCAUGAGAAAGAAAUGGAUGAGAUUGCCCAAGGUCCCUUGCGAUGAAUGCUUCAAUCAUGCAGACAAGGAGUCAUUAGCUGUGGGCAGUGAAUUACUGGUAUUUGGUCGGGAGUUGUUGGAUUUCGCCACCUGGAAGUACAGUUUGGUUCAUCGGAAUUGGGUGAAAUGUCAGGGAAUGAAUUUUCCUCGAUGCUUGUUCGGUUCGAGUAGCUUUGGCUCGAUUGCCAUUGUUGCAGGAGGAAGUGAUAAGAAUGGAAAGAUAUUGGAAUCUGCUGAGCUCUACGAUUCUGUGACAGGUAGUUGGGAACUGUUGCCUAACAUGCACUCUCCGCGUAAGUUGUGCUCUGGUUUCUUCAUGGAUGGGAAGUUCUAUGUGAUAGGUGGGAUGUCAAGUCCUACGGUCUCUUUGACUUGCGGGGAAGAGUAUAAUCUUGAAACGAAGAAAUGGAGGAAAAUUGAUCGCAUGUACCCAAAUGUUAAUAAGGUGGCUCAGGCACCUCCGCUUGUGGCAGUGGUGGAUAACCAGCUCUAUGCGGUUGAGCACUCAACCAACAUGGUGAAGAAGUAUGAUAAGGAGAAGAACACUUGGUCUGUCUUGGGGAGACUCCCUGUGAGAGCUGAUUCUUCAAAUGGUUGGGGCCUGGCUUUCAAGGCAUGCGGCAAGGAACUGCUGGUUGUAGGUGGGCAGAGGGGCCCUGAAGGUGAUGGUGUUGUGUUGAACUCUUGGUGUCCAAAAUCAGGGGUCAAAGAUGGGACCUUGGAGUGGAAGGUGCUCGGAGUGAAGGAGCAUGUUGGGGUGUUCGUCUAUAACUGUGCCGUCAUGGGCUGUUGAGCACUUGUUCUGCAAUUUAUUCACUCAGGAAUCAGACAUUCUGCAAUCUAACCAGGUCUUUGAGGCUGCUGCUCCUUCACAUGUUCUCACCACAAAAUUGUGUGGGCGGCCUUCAUUGAUUUGAAUAUUCAUUUUACUCUUUGACAAUUUCUGUAUUUGGAUAUGGUGCUCAAUUUCAUGAUCACUGUCUCAUGACUUUUAAGGGGAAGACUAGUGAUUAGGUACACUAUUGGUGCAGCUCUCUGUUUCCUCUCCACAGCCAAUUUUCUGUUGAGAACAUAAAAGGCAUUAUUUAUCAA